AUCAGAACAUAUUUUGAUCCAUAUCACUAGAGAUCUAUGGAUCGUGGUUUGUAGGAUUUUUCAACGUAGGAAUCCUACGAGCUAUAGGUUUUUAAAGAAAAGGUAGCAACUUUAAAUAUUAACUAUUGCUUAAAAAUUUUUACCAAGAAGCUGAUAAGAAUAUUUGAGAGUUCUGAUAGAAAUACUGAAAGUGACUUUUUUCCAUUAUAGAUGGCGUUAUUGGAAAGAAAAUCUUUUUUAAUCUUUUUUUAACCUGAAAAUUCAUACAUCAAACUGAACAAGAGGCUCGAAAAUGUCCUAUAACGACCGAUUUAUCGAUAUGGAUGAGCAGCAACACACCGAACCCGAUAGCACCAUAAAAGGUGAUGAAUUUUGUGAACCAUCAAAUUCAAAUCUUUCAGAUAGUUUAACUGAUGGACCGAAUAAUAAUCUGGAAAAAGACGAUAUACCAAAAGACUAUAAUGUUUGCGAGAAUGUCUCCGAACCAAAGGUAAAUGCACCAAUAAAGCUCCGAAUUUGCCGUAGACAAUCCAGUCCGUCCAAAUCUGAUUCCGACCAGUUCAAUACGUCGACAGAAUCAAAUGGACAAUCUUUUAAAAAAAAGAAAUCAAAGAAAAAAAAGAAAAAGAAAGAUAAAAAGAAAGUUGACAUGGAAGAAACAGAGGAUGUUAAAGAAACUGAAAUGGCUGUUGAAGCUGAUGACUUCGAGCAGGAAACAGUAGCUGAUCUCGACGCCGAAGCUCAUGGUGAACUUGAGAUCACCGAAGAUGCGGAAGAACAUAGUGCUCAAAAAAAUGACAAUGGAACUGAUAUGAUCAAGUCAGAGAACUUUGAACCAACCCCAAGUGAAGAGUAUAAACCCGAGAAUUUGCAAGAUGAAGAAAGAGAUGCUAACUGGAGUGUAGGGCAAUUGAUUUGGGGAAGAGUUACGGGCCAUCCAUGGUGGCCUGGAAUGGUAUCGUAUGAUCCAUACAUUAACAAAUACGUCCGAAGAAAGACAAACUCGCACAAAACCUAUGAAUACCAUGUCCAGUAUUUCGGCAACGAAAGGGAGCGAGGCUGGCUACUUGAAUCAUCUAUGCAACCGUUCACAGGUCCUAACAUAGAAGAAUUUAAAAAGACACUGGCCUCAAAGAACAACUCUAAACGGAGAUCAGGAGGAGUUGUUAAGGGAUUUGAAGUUAAAAGUAAAAAUUUAAGAAAUGCUUGGGAUUUUGCCAUAUCCGAAGCUGAAAUGGCUCGCACGUAUCCAAUUGACGAGCGUAUCAAGGCUUUUGUUUAUCAAUAUCCUCCAGUCGAGCAACCUAAGAAAAACAAUACUAGGAAAAGAAAAAGAGCAUCGGCUGAUAAUAGGAAAUUGAAUAAUGCGGCCAAAAAGCUUAAAGUUGAUCCUGAGACCAACAUGAAACAGCAGCAAUAUCUAGUAUUUUGUAAAACCAAGAAAGAGGAAUUUGAAGCAUCCUUUCCUCUCUUAGACGAUAAAGGAAUUAUUGAUAAAUUACAAGAAGAAUGGAAUGGAAUGGAGAUAGAUGACAAAAAUAAAUUUAUACCUAUGGGCCAUGAUUUAGUUCAAAUAAAAGAAUGGUUGAACAAUUCAACUAAAGUAAAAGACGAAUCACCUCCUCUGAGUGAAGUGGAAAGAGUCGAUCAAGUUAAAGAGAAACGUCCAAGUAUUGAUCAAGCCGAAGGCAAUGGAUACGAGAGGAAACGGCGGCGCACGAUUAAAAAGAAAUAUGACGUUAGUGAGCUAUAUGGAAGCGACUCAAGUGUACCUAAUGAAGAGUCACUUCCUCCAGCCAGGCAACACGUUAAGUUGACGAAACCUACUGUAGAUUUUUCUGCUACUCCACUUAACGUUGAAGAAACUCUGGAGGUUUUAAAACUAAUGACCACACCUUUUUAUAGAAAAAAACCUAUAUGUAUGGAAUGUGACAAAGAAAAGGGUGAUUCGACAAUGAUUACAUGCAAGAAAUGCACAUCUUCGUAUCAUGUUAAAUGCAUUCAGGGUAGAAAAAUAACGGAUACAGCACAAGACUUCUAUUGCACUGAUUGCACUGAAAAUGUUCAUACUUGCUUCUCCUGUUCAAAGAGGGAUUCCACAACGAUUAAAUGUUCAACGCCUAAUUGCAAUAGAUUCUACCAUGAAGCUUGUAUGAAGGAGUUACCAACAGCGAACGUUGAUAAUAAGAAAUUCCAGUGUCCCCUACACACCUGCCAGACUUGUUGGAUAAAUAGGCGCAGUAAGGCUUCUAAAGGCCAAUUUUACAAGUGUAUAAAGUGCCCCACUGCUUAUCAUAUAUCAGACUUUUGUGUGGCUGCAGGAUGCCGUCAUCUAGCUGGCCUGAAUAUGAUAUGCAAAUUAGCCGGAGGUACAUUGGUCUGUUGUGAUGGUUGCCCCCUAGCAUUCCAUAAAGAAUGUAUAGCCACUGAAGUGAAAGAAAAUGAACCUUGGCUGUGUUCAGAUUGUAUCGUUGGUAAAGUACCUCACUAUGGCGAUAUUGUCUGGGUUAAAGUUGGACAAUAUCGCUGGUGGCCGGGAGAGAUCUGUCACCCACGAAAUAUACCAGAAAAGAUCUUACAAUUGGGUCACGAUGCUGGCGAAUUUGCUGUUCGAUUUUUCGGAUCAUACGAUUUCUUUUGGUCGCAUAAGGCUCGAGUUUUUCUUUUCCAAGAGGGUGAUACUAAAUCAAAAACAUCAGUUAGUGGAAAUAAAUCAUUAGCAGUUGCUUUCCAACGAGCUAUCGAAGAUGCUGGAAAAGCUUUUACCAAAUGGGUGGAGUUUAAGGAAAAAAUGGAAAGUGAGAUGAGAAACGAAAAGUCUACUUAUAGAUUAAUUGAAUCUAACAUAUACGUUGGGAAAACAGCACCUAGAAAACCGAAAUUUGAGCCAACACCAUGUCACUGUUCUAUCACUGACGCCUGUGGACCACAAAGCCAAUGUUGGAAUCGUUUGGCCUUGGCAGAAUGUAAUGUUGAUAUUUGUCCAGCGGGAGAACGCUGUCAAAAUAGGCGUUUUCAAAAACGAGAAUGGGUUGAAGCAGUACCUAUUAGGACGUCCAUGAAAGGUUGGGGACUAAAGGCAAAAUACGAUAUAAAAGUUGGCGAUUUCGUAAUUGAAUAUAUAGGAGAUGUAAUUGAUGAGGAAGAAUGCAAACACCGACUCAAAAAGUAUGAUGAACUUGAUGUUUCUCACUUCUACAUACUUACACUGGACAAGCACAGAUUUAUAGACGCUGGUCCAAGAGGCAAUUUAGCUCGUUAUAUUAACCACAGUUGCCAACCUAACUGUGAUACUCAGAAAUGGAAUGUUUUAGACGAUGAUCGGGUGGGUCUUUUCGCAAAUAGGAACAUCAAAGCUGGAGAAGAGUUAACAUUUAAUUACAAUCUGGAUGCCCUUGGAAAUAGCUUAAAAAAGUGCUCUUGUGAUUCUCCCAAUUGUAGUGGAUUUAUAGGAGCUCCACCUAAACGACCAGUACCACCUGUAAAAGAGAAGAGAGAGAAGAAAAAGAGAAGAAAAAAGAGAUCACUUUCUUCACUUAUGCAUCUAAGGAAGCAUGAGGAUAGCUGUUAUCAUUGUGGCGAUGGGGGAGAUUUGGUCUUGUGUGAUCAGAAUAAUUGUCCCAAGUGCUAUCAUAAGGAAUGUGUUGAAUUACACUCAGUACCUAAAGGGAAGUGGAUUUGCGGUUGGCACUUUUGCGAUAUUUGCGGAAAACCUGUGACUGAAAAAGGAAUGUGUCAAGAGUGCCCAAACUCAUUUUGUUCAGAUCAUAUUGAUGGUAAUAUAGUAUUGGUACCAGAUCCAGAAACGGACUCAAGCAAGGUAUUUUGUACGGAGCACGAAGACCUUGUUGGUCAAGUAUUGACAGAUGGAACCGAUACGUCAACGGCUUGCAAUACACCUGUUCCAACUGAAAUUGAUACUCUACCAGCUAACAAUUCAACUCCAGUUGAAGAACUAUUAGAUUCUUCGUCUGCUACUUUAACCAACGUUUUAAGUGAUAAGAAACCCAAGGGGAAAAAGCCCAAACAGCCUAAAGAACCUAAACCUAAACAGCCAAGGCAACCUAAGCAGCCUAAACAACCAAAACAGCCAAAGCCGCCUAAGGAACCUAAACAACCUAAACAACCUAAACAACCUAAACAGCCUAAACAACCUAAACAACCAAAGCAGGCGAAGAAGACUGAGGACAAAGAGAAAAAAAGUGAUAAACCGAAAAAAGCUGCAAAAGGUAAGAAAGACGGUGCUGGGAAGAAGGUUCCAAAAAAGCCUAUUGUAACUAAGCCGGAUAUUAUUAAACGGAAUGAAGAGGAAGAUUGUGAUUCAGACGACAGUUUUCCUAGAAAACUAGUUAUUGCCGAAUAA